AUGGUCACACUAACGCUGGAUGAUCGUUUGCUUGCUGCAUAUCUCUUCUAUGGCAGCAUUCUCAUGCUGAAAACUUGGGUCAUGUCACUUUUAACAUCAAGACAUCGUAUCAUGAACAAGGCUCUUCCAAGCCCCGAAGAUUAUGGAGGGAAGGACAAGGAUAAACCUGUUGUACAAAAUGCUGAUGUGGAGAGAGUUCGAAGGGCUCAUCUUAAUGAUCUGGAGAACAUCCCAAUCUUUAUGAUUGUCGCCUUGUUGUACAUGUUUUCUGACAGGCCCACUCUUUGGGGAAUUUUGUCCAUGGCCAAUGCUGGCCCGAACACAAAUGGAUCACAGUUCUUUAUUUGCACCGGCAAAACUGACCAUCUGGACGGAAAGCAUGUAGUGUUUGGAUCAGUAGUGGAGGGGUAUGAUGAUGUUGUUAAGAAAAUGGAGGGUGUUGGCUCUGGCUCGGGCAAGACCAGUAAGCCUGUGGUGAUUGCAGAUUGUGGACAGCUGUAG